CACUCCCCAUUGUGGCACGGAGUUGCGCGGCUGCUACAACGUAAACUACCCAGUGUUCUGGCAGUCUGCGCAGGAAGCGGACGCAGCACAGCAGACAAGAAGCGUGGAGCACUAGCGGUCUGUCAGUCCGACUAUCUGCCGAAUAAAAUAGGCUACACAAGAAGCUGAGCAGAUAACCACUCGGACAGAUCCAUGUCCCGUCCCAGUGGUUGAAAGAACAGAAAUAAACGAGAUGACACCUUCACAUGCAUGAAGAGCAACACACAACACAAGGGGACUGUGAGUGCAGGUGAGGUGAGGACAAGGACAAGCCCUUCAUCUGUCCGUCAACGUCCGAGUGUCCCGGUGCCGCCCACUCUCAGGUCACCUCAACCGCGACGGCGGGCCGAACAAAUAGGAGUCUCUCGAAUCCAGCGUCCCUCAGACUGCCUGCCUUCGCAAAAGCAAAUAUUUGAAGCCAUUAUAUCUCAUUUCCCAGGGCUAACCUUCGGUGAAAAGAUCAACGGAAAAGGAGUGAUCGCUCAGAGAGAGACGGACAAAGAGAGAAAGAAAGAAAGGGGGAGGGUGAAAAAUAGUAACCCUUUCAAAGUGAACUCUGCCUGCUAUUUCUGCUGCGCUGUGGGCAGGAGAACGUCCCAUUUGGGAGUGCUUUUGGCCAGUGGCAACAGGAUUUCCCUGCACCCUGCCCAUUUAUCCAAAUGCCUGUGUAAAUACUAGAUAGAGAUAUCAAUUUGUCUGGGCUCCAACAGUGCCCAGAAAGAGACUAUCUAUAGCUAUAAGCUAUCUAUAGCAAGCUCCACAUCAAACUUGGCCUCUGUGGUCACAGAAUUGCUACCUAUUUAUUUCCUCAGUAGAGAGAUCCAGGAACUGUGAGUGAGAAUGGGAGCUGCUAUGUCUUUAGUUCUGAAGCAGAAAGCUUACUGAAAAAGUUCACACUAGACUAGAACUUGAAAGGCACAACAAUAAAUCCAGGGGGACACCUUUCGCCACUAGCUGCAGGAGAAGGCAGCCAUUUUGGGGCUGCUGUUUUGAUGUCUUUACCUGAAAGGGUGGAGCACCAUGAAACCGCUAACACCCAUAGGAUCCCCCUCACCUCUGAGGCUCCUUAACAAGGGCCCGGACUACCUGCGUAGGCAGAUGGAGGGUGGGGGCCAGGGCCGAUCGAUCAGCGCUGUAGAGAGACUAGAGGCAGACAAGGCCAAGUACGUUAAGAGCCAGCAGGUCAUUAACACCAAACAGGAGCCUGUCCUGGUGCCCUGCACACCACCUCCUCCACACCGUCGUCCCCUUACCGUGCCUGGGAGUCUCACCCCACGGCUGCCACCCCGCCGUUCCUCUGCCCCUUUCCCCACCCUGACCGGCCCCCUCAAAGUACGAGACGAGAACGAGAAUGAUGACUCGAGGAAGGAGAAUCGGAGGACGUCGGUGGAUGUGGAAGCACGGAACAGGAGUAACGCCAACAAGGUGUCCCCACCCAGCCCCAGGACCCCAAGGACUCCACCCUCCGUAUCCCUGAUAGCCCCUCACAGUGCCCCCAUCCUGAGGAGGAGCACCGGUAAGCGCAUGCUGCGGCCUGACUCCCUGGUCAUCUACCGGCAGAAGAAAGAGUGUAAAAUCCUGCCUAGUGGUGGCGUCAUACUGGGGAACUCCAACAUGGAGAUAAAGGGGUACAACUUUGUCCGCCGCCUCUUCCAGGGCUCCAUGCGGGAGAAGAGUGGCGGGGGCGAGGGGGACACCCAGAAGAUGGUGAUCAGCGAGGAGAAAGCUCUGUCGCGGGAUGGUGACUCACACAUGUCCUGGACCAAUGACAAGGACACCGUGGACGGGGGACAGGGAGGGCCGGGUAGCCGGAGAUCCAGUAAGACGGACCACGAGCGCUCACCGCUUCCCAGCCCUGGCUUCAGCUGUACACCGGAGCGGACUAAGAAUGGUGUUAGCUGUGUUAGCAAUGGCACCACCAAUGGUACCAGAAAUGGCAAUGGAAUCACCAAGGGCAACAACGUGAGUGACCACACUGACAACGAGGCGGACAUCUGGAAGCGGGUGCCGCCACCACCACCACCGCGGCGGCGUUCAGGACUACAACGCUCCAAGUCAGAUCUGCUUCUGCGAUGCUCAGUGGCGUUGUCUGACCAGGAGCAUUUCUUUGACUACUGCGGGCUGGACCUGGACAUGGUGGACCGGCUGGGGCCUGAGAACUUCCUGGGUGGGGCCAGCGACGUAGACACGCUCUCGUUGGUGCUGAGGAGCAUAGGGGGAGGGUGCGGUGGCUCGGAGCCCAGCGAGUUCUCCCGCCACUCAGGAGAGGCGGGGCUUUUCCAGGAGGAGGUGGCCGAGAAGCUGACCACGGGGGUGUCAAUCAUCGAGAGGAACGCCCGUGUCAUCAAAUGGCUCUACAGCUGCAAGAACGCAGCACAGGAGGGGCCCAAAGAGUCCACUGUUUAGACAUCACUUCUCUAAAAGAAGACAUGUUCCCCUAUGACUGAAGGACAGAGACUUUGUUAUUGUACUGUAAUCCUUAGUCUUCUCCCAGGUUGAUAUGCUGUAUUUAUAGGUCCUAUGGAAAGUGAGGGGUGUAGAUGGGGCUACACCUUAUUUUCGAGUGGAAUCAUUUACCCCUGAAGAUGUUAGUGUCAGUGAGUGUGUGCGGUUGUGUUGGAUAUGGCUGUCCCACCCACUCCCUAUCCUAACCAAUAGGUAUUGUCAGGUCUAUAGUGACUGACAGCCUCCCCUAAGCUCCGCUCUGACUCUACAACACACAAUAAGGCGCAUCAGUGAGAAAACAACAGGCACAGAUGAGGCUGUAUUUAGCGUCGUGGACGCACAACAACACAACCCUACACUCCUCUCUCGAACAAAUUCAUAAUUUAGAUUGGAAAACCACCGUUUUUUUCUAAACUGGAGUGAACCGUGAGUACCUCAUUCCGAACUGUGCCCGUUUAGUUUGUGUGUUGCCUUUUUUUUCUUCUUAAACGCGGGCGUUGGAACAAACACGCGAGGGCCCCUGUGGGGUCGUUAAUGCACUGAACUGGACGAAAAGUGAGAGAGGGAGGAAAUGAGUGAGAGAGAGAGAGUGGAAACGAGUGAGAGAGAGAGGAAACGAGUGAGAGAGAGAGGAAACGAGUGAGAGAGAGAGCUAGAGAGAGGAAACAAGUGAGAGAGAGAGGGAGUCGCUCUGGAUAAGAGCGUCUGCUAAAUGACUUAAAUAUAAAUGUAAAUGAAACGAGUGAGAGAGAGGAAACGAGUGAGAGAGAGAGGAAACGAGUGAGAGAGAGAGGAAACGAGUGAGAGAGAGAGAGAGUGGAAACGAGUGAGAGAGAGAGGAAACGAGUGAGAGAGAGAGAGAGAGUGAGAGAAUGAGAAACAGCUUUAUAGGAGACUCCUCUCCAAUUAAACACUGAGCAUAAUACUCUAGAGACAGUACUUCCGCGACAGUCGUAUUAGACAAGGAGGGACGCAGGGUCGGUUAUUUUGAUCCCACAGCACCUCUGAACCCCAAAGAGCGCUAACUCUUACACAGCAACUACUGACCACUGAUACGUUAGUUGUGACGCAAUUGUGAUUGAUUUUGACAGCUACAGCUGUGUGACUGGCUGGCAGCGAACUCUGCAUUGCCUUAUUAUCUGUUGCUACUGUGUAAGCUACCUUGUUGCCAUUGCAGGAUAGAAAUUAAAGUGUGAUAAGUUAUUUUUACUGGAUAGCUGGUCAAUUCCUUGUGGAAAAAAAGUGACUUUUUACUUCGCUACCACAAAAUAUUAACUUAAAAGGGCAUUUUAAAUUCCUCACAAACACAGAUGUAUUUUGUUGCUGUUGUCAUGUAACAUAUUUCACCAUAGUAGGUGUUCAAAGUGUAAGGGACCAUGAGCUAUCAGGUUGCCAAAUAUUUGAGGGUGUCACCUUCACAGAGCUGACGUUUCCAGAGUCCCCCAGACUCCCUCUGGUUUGAGGGUUGGGGUUCCUCUCCCCUCUGGGGCCAAUGGUCAUCUGGUUCUCCCCCACAGGAGACCCUAGGCCUGGGGGAGGACGGUAAGGGGGUGAGAACUCCCUCUCUCUCCCCUCUACCUUUUUAAUAGCUGUAGAUCCUGCCUCACUUCAUCAAUCUGUCAGUGAUGCCCAUUUUUAUUGAAAUGAAAACGUCACCUUGAUCAGAGUUCUCCCAGGGAUACCUCUGAAAAAUUCACUGAGGUUCCGCGGGUGGUAUGUGCGGGUUAGAAUGUGACACGGAGAGACAGAGUCAUUGGGUAGAGUAAUAUUGGACCUGAGGAGGGUCACAUGAUAGGCUAUGUAAUAAAUCAACAACCAAUCCCCUUUUAGAGCCAUGGUGUUUUCUCUCUGUAAGUAGCAUAGCGCCCCAAAACAACUGGACCCCCCCUACCCCCUUUAAACUGGAUUUGUGUUGCAAACUCUUCGGAGAAAACUGUUCUCUUGCAUGUUUACAAAAUGUCUGUACAUUUUUCGAUCUGUUUUAUUUUCCGUGUAUAUGAGAGGUUUUAGUUUUUACUCCAAAGAGAAGUGUGUAUGAUGUUGUACACAGACAAUUUUAAGAAUAAAGUUAUAUUUGUGUGAG